AUGUUUCGGCAGAUAGAAGUUUGCCCAGAUGACCGACGACUGCAGUGCAUUUUAUGGCGACCAAAUCCGAAUGUUCCACUCGCAGGUUUUGAGCUAUCCACGGUGACUUACGGGACCAAACCAGCACCGUUUCUCGCCACCAGAGUUCUACACCAACUGACGAUAGAUGAAGGUGAUCGUUUCCCACUGGCUGCUGUUGCCCUGAGAGAAGACGUCUACAUGGAUGAUACGAUCACAGGUUCAGAUGAUCUCGAAUCAGCUCGUCGCUUGCGGAUUGAGAUGGUGCAAAUGACAAUGUGUGCCGGUUUCAAACUUCGGAAAUUUGCCUCCAACUUCCCUUCGGUUCUAGAUGGGUUACCCGAAGAAGAUCUAGCGAUUCCAACUAACACCGGUAUAAACUUAGAUCCCGAUCCCAUGGUAAAAACUCUUGGUUUAAUUUGGAUGCCCCAUACAGAUGAACUGCGGUUCGGUUUUCCCAUUCCCACCCAAACAAACAACCCCCUCACCAAACGAAAAAUACUCUCCCAAAUAGCCACCCUCUUUGACCCCCUUGGCCUCAUCGGAGCUGUUAUCACUAAGGCAAAGAUUUUCAUGCAGCUGUUGUGGCGAUUAGUAGACGACAAUUACAAACCCCUUUCUUGGGACUCUAUUUUACCCGAACGAGUGGAAGAGGAAUGGAUAAGUUUCGGCACCCAAAUUCCCAGGCUUCUCGAUCUGCGUGUUGAACGGCUUGUUACCCUAUCGAACCCAACUUCCACCCAAUUUCAUAUAUUCACCGAUGCAUCGGAGAAAGCAUAUAGGACGUGUGCUAACCUCCGAACUGAAAAUUCUGCUGGACAAAUUAAGGUUGCACUUUUAUCAUCCAAGUCGCGCGUUGCUCCCCUAAAAUCCAAAUCAAUCCCAAGGCUUGAGUUAUGCGGCGCAGUUAUGGGCGCUGAAUUAUUUGCGAAGGUUAAGCAAGCAAUUUCCAGAGGGAUCCAACCUGAAGAAAUCCAAAACAAUAGCCUGUGGUGGCAUGGGCCAGACUGGCUGAGCUGCUCUUCGGACAAGUGGCCGAAGUCCGGAUCGUUCACAGCGGAUGGAGAGGAUGAGGAGAGGAAACGAGUUGUGCUGGUAUCAACUCAAGCACAAUCAUUUAUAACCGAAUAUGUGGAACGAUACUCCAACUAUACUACGAUGGUCCGUCACACGGUGUAUUGGUUGAGGCUCAUCAAUUAUCUGCGGAAAGGAAGCAGCCGACUGAGUGGGCCACUCAGAGUGUGGGAACUUAGGCAAGCAGAGGCGAGAAUUAUCCAACUGAUCCAGGCGGAGGAGUUCAACCACGAACUCAGAGCGAUUUCCAAGGGGAGAAAUGUUCCACUAUCAUCACCGCUGCGAUGGUUCGUUCCAAUUGUCCCCCAAAAGAGUCUGAUGACACCAAACAUCCAAUUGUUCUUCCAUCCAAACACGACUUUACCAAACUACUGA